GGGAAAAGAGAGCUCGGGCUGGAUGCUGCCGGGGCCGGGAAGUCAGAACCGGAACCGGAACCCGUGCGCGCGCCUGCGAUUGUCGCGCGGCCCCCACCGCCGGCGGCCUCCUCUGCCCGCCGCGCGCGCUCCCGUGAGGGCCCCAGGACCCGGCGAGCCGGCCCUGCGCUCCGAGUCGCCGCCGUCGCCGCCGGCCUCCGGCGCUGGUGCUUCGAGGCCGGGUCGGACGGGAACCUCCCGCCCCUCGCGGGAACCGCCGCCUACCGGCGCGUCGGGGAGGAGCCGCCGCCGCCGCCUGUGCAGACCGCGGAAGAGCCCGGGCCUCCGAGGGAUGGGUAGCAGCCCGCGGAGCUGAGAGACCAGGUUCCUGUCACCUCCGGCUGCGGGACCACCCCCCCCUUGCCCGGCACCCGCGCUUGUCCCGGCGCCCGGAGCCUGGUGGGGGCGACGAGGAGAACGAGCGGUGUCCCCCGGUCCGGGGCCAUGGAGCCGCGCGCGCCUGGCGCGGGGCGGCCCGAGACGCGGCCGAGGCUGCGGCCAAGAGCGGCCGGCAGCCCCAGAUAGACAGCGGAGCCCAUCGGGCCCGGCCCGGCGCGGGGACUUUCAGGCCCCCAAGGCCGCGAGGAGGAGCCGACAUCCAGCCCCGAGCCGAUCCCACCCCGGCCUCGGAGGGACUCCCGGGCCGCCUUCCCCGAGGCUCGCCGACUUCCCUCCGUGACAAAGUUUUCUCCGGUGCCUUGCCGAGGAGGAUCGCUCCCUAGCUCUAGAACUCUCCUGCUGGCGGACUUGCUCGGCGUGAUUUGGGAGAUAACUUGCCUCGCUCCCACCCACAUCCCCUUUCCUUGACCACUUCCAGUCGGACGUUCUAGAUGACUGAAUGGAGUUUUGAGUUGGACUCUUGUGUCCCCUACGGAGUCGGGCCUGAUCCCGGAGCGCUGGGGGUGGGGUGGAGGUGUUACUGUAAAAUGCAAGUUGGAUAAAAGGAGGACCUCUCGCCAAGGGCCCCAAUGAGUGGCACACAGUCUACUAUCACCGACAGGUUUCCCCUCAAAAAACCUAUAAGGCAUGGAAGUAUUUUGAACCGAGAGUCACCAACAGAUAAGAAGCAGAAAGUUGAGCGCAGUACAUCACAUGAUUUUGACCCCACAGAUAGCUCCUCCAAGAAGACAAAGUCUAGUUCAGAGGAGAGUAGAUCCGAGAUAUAUGGUCUUGUUCAGCGUUGUGUGAUCAUCCAGAAGGAUGACAAUGGAUUUGGGCUGACGGUCAGUGGAGACAAUCCAGUGUUCGUACAGUCUGUCAAAGAAGAUGGAGCAGCCAUGCGGGCUGGUGUACAGACAGGUGAUCGAAUCAUCAAGGUGAAUGGAACCCUGGUGACUCAUUCAAACCAUUUGGAAGUGGUGAAGCUAAUCAAAUCGGGUUCCUAUGUAGCUCUCACUGUUCAGGGACGCCCACCUGGGUCGCCCCAGUUUCCACUUGCUGAUUCUGAAGUAGAGCCAUCAGUCGUUGGACAUAUGUCUCCCAUCAUGACAUCCCCUCAUUCACCUGGAGCAUCUGGGAAUAUGGAGAGAAUUACUAGUCCUGUGCUCAUGGGGGAGGAAAACAAUGUGGUUCAUAACCAGAAAGUAGAAAUUCUGAGAAAAAUGUUACAGAAAGAACAGGAACGGCUACAGUUAUUGCAGGAAGAUUACAGCCGAACACCUGCCCAAAGAUUGCUGAAAGAGAUCCAAGAGGCCAAGAAACACAUUCCUCAACUGCAAGAGCAGUUAUCCAAAGCCACAGGCUCUGCUCAGGAUGGAGCUGCAGUUACAUCCUCCAAGCCAUUAGGCGAUGGGCUAGCAGUCAGUGAAAUAGAAGCAGAUCCUGGUGAUGGACUAGGCAGAACUGACUAUGGCAGUGGAGAUGCUUCUCGGCUCAGUAGCGACAGUGCAGAUAGUCCCAAGAGUGGCCUGAAAGAGAGGAUUUAUCUAGAGGAAAACCCAGAGAAAAGUGAAGUAAUUCAGGACACUGACACUCAAUCACUUAUUGGGAGUCCCUCUACCCGUAUAGCACCUCAUAUUAUUGGAGCAGAGGAUGAUGACUUUGGUACUGAACAUGAACAGAUCAAUGGGCAGUGCAGCUGUUUCCAGAGCAUUGAACUGCUAAAAUCUCGCCCUGCUCACUUGGCUGUUUUCUUACACCAUGUAGUUUCACAGUUUGACCCUGCAACAUUGCUCUGUUAUCUCUAUUCAGACCUGUAUAAACAGACCAAUUCCAAGGAGACUCGUCGUGUCUUCCUUGAGUUUCAUCAGUUCUUCCUGGAUCGAUCUGCACACCUGAAAGUUUCUGUUCCUGAUGAAAUAUCAGUAGAUCUAGAAAAAAGAAGACCCGAGCUUAUUCCUGAGGAUCUACAUCGCCACUAUAUCCAAACUAUGCAAGAAAGAGUCCACCCAGAAGUUCAAAGGCACUUGGAAGAUUUUCGACAGAAACGUAGCAUGGGACUGACCUUGGCUGAAAGCGAACUGACUAAAAUUGAUGCAGAGAGAGACAAGGACCGGGUAACUCUGGAGAAGGAACGGGCAUGUGCAGAGCAGAUUGUUGCCAAAAUUGAAGAAGUGUUGAUGACUGCUCAGGCUGUAGAAGAAGAUAAGAGUUCAACAAUGCAAUAUGUUAUUCUCAUGUACAUGAAGCAUUUAGGAGUAAAAGUGAAAGAACCUCGAAAUUUGGAGCACAAGCGAGGUCGGAUUGGAUUCCUUCCAAAAAUCAAGCAAAGUAUGAAGAAAGAUAGGGAAGGCGAAGAAAAAGGGAAGCGAAGAGGAUUCCCCAGCAUCUUGGGACCCCCAAGGAGACCAAGCCGUCAUGACAACAGUGCAAUUGGCAGAGCCAUGGAACUACAGAAGCAGCGCCACCCUAAGCACAUAUCCACACCCUCAUCUGUGAGUCCUGAACCUCAGGACUCUGCUAAGUUGCGCCAGAGUGGAUUAGCAAGUGAAGGAGCAGACAUUGGGUACCUGCCAGCCAAUUCCAUGUCCUCCACGGUUUCAGGGGCCACUCUUUCCCAGGAAGGAGGGAAAGAGAAUGAUAUGGGAUCAAAGCAAGUUGGAGAAACGCCAGCAUCUGGAGACUCCUUAGACGGCACACCUCGUACUCCCAGUACCAUCUUUGACUUCCCACCUCCUCCAUUAGACCAAGUGCAGGAGGAGGAAUGGGAAGUGGAAAGGGUGACUGAACAUGGGACACCAAAGCCCUUUCGAAAGUUUGACAGCAUAGCUUUUGGAGAAAGUCAAAGUGAGGAUGAACAGUUUGAAAAUGACUUAGAGACAGAUCCACCCAACUGGCAACAGCUCGUUAGUCGAGAAGUGUUAUUGGCACUAAAGCCUUGUGAGAUCAAAAGACAGGAAGUAAUUAAUGAAUUGUUCUACACUGAAAGAGCUCAUGUUCGAACAUUAAAGGUUCUAGAUCAAGUGUUCUAUCAGCGAGUUUCAAGAGAAGGAAUUCUGUCACCUUCAGAACUACGGAAAAUUUUUUCAAACUUAGAAGAUAUUCUUCAACUUCACAUUGGGUUGAAUGAGCAAAUGAAGGCUGUUCGAAAGAGGAAUGAGACAUCUGUUAUUGAUCAGAUUGGGGAAGAUUUGCUGACUUGGUUCAGUGGACCCGGGGAGGAAAAGUUGAAACAUGCCGCUGCUACCUUUUGCAGUAACCAACCCUUUGCCCUGGAAAUGAUCAAGUCUCGUCAGAAAAAGGACUCUCGAUUCCAGACUUUUGUGCAAGAUGCUGAGAGUAAUCCACUGUGUCGUCGUCUGCAGCUGAAAGAUAUCAUUCCCACCCAAAUGCAGAGGCUUACUAAGUACCCUCUUCUGUUGGAUAACAUUGCCAAAUACACAGAAUGGCCAACAGAAAGGGAGAAGGUGAAGAAAGCUGCAGAUCACUGUCGUCAGAUCUUAAAUUAUGUAAAUCAGGCUGUUAAGGAGGCAGAAAACAAACAGCGCUUAGAAGAUUAUCAGCGUCGCCUUGAUACCUCCAACCUGAAGUUGUCAGAGUACCCAAAUGUUGAAGAGCUCAGGAAUUUGGAUUUAACAAAAAGGAAGAUGAUUCAUGAAGGGCCAUUGGUUUGGAAAGUGAAUAGAGAUAAAACUAUUGAUCUAUACACUUUGCUGCUGGAAGAUAUUCUUGUAUUGUUACAAAAGCAGGACGAUAGACUGGUGUUAAGGUGUCAUAGUAAGAUUCUGGCAUCUACAGGUGAUAGCAAACACACAUUUAGCCCUGUCAUCAAGUUGAAUACAGUGUUGGUUCGACAAGUGGCAACAGAUAACAAAGCUUUAUUCGUCAUCUCCAUGUCUGACAAUGGAGCCCAAAUUUAUGAACUGGUGGCACAGACAGUUUCUGAAAAGACUGUCUGGCAGGACCUCAUCUGUCGGAUGGCUGCAUCAGUGAAGGAACAGUCCACAAAGCCAAUCCCACUGCCACAGUCACCACCUUGCGAAGGAGACAAUGAUGAAGAAGAACCUCCAAAAUUAAAAGUGGAACAUCAUGGCAUUUCAGUCACUGGUCUGCAGAGUCCAGACAGAGAUUUGGGAUUAGAGUCUCCUUUAAUGUCGUCAAAACCUCAAUCUCAUUCACUGGAUACCUCUGGGAAAUCGGAGGUGGAUGAUCUCUUUGUGGCUGAGAGACAGUUUGCAAAGGAGCAGCAUGCAGAUGGCACUCUAAAGGAAGUUGGAGUCAGUUAUCAAAUCACCAUCCCAGAUCCACACUUGCCUGUCUCAGAAGAACGGUGGGCAUUGGAUGCACUAAGGAAUUUGGGUUUGUUGAAGCAGUUGCUGGUACAACAGCUGGGCUUGACUGAGAAGAGCGCUCAGGAAGACUGGCCACAUUUCCCAAGAUGCAGGACAGCCUCUCUGGGGGUGCAGGCCUACGGUGGAACCCAGAACCCUGAAAAUAUUAAGGCCUGUCGUCCUUGUGAAGGACAGAUGCCCUUUAGAACUGGCGCUGGUGACAUUUCAGCUCGUUACGGUGCACGGACUUCAACUGAACCUUCUGCUGCACGGGACUCAGUGGUACUGGCAUUCCAAGAUAGCCAGGCAAGUAGCAUUUUAGUAAUGGACCGCAUGAUUCUGACCCCAGAGAUGCCUCCCGCAGAGCCAGAAGGGGGUCUUGAUGAGAGUGGAGAGCACUUUUUUGAUGCCCGUGAAGCACAUAGUGAUGAUAAUCCAUCAGAAGGUGAUGGAGCAGUUAAAAAGGAAGAGAAGGAUGUUAAUUUGCGCAUCUCAGGAACCUAUCUGAUCCUUGACGGCUAUGAAGCAGUGCAGGAGAGCUCCACGGAUGAGGAGGUGGCUUCCUCGCUUCCCCCGCAGCCCACGACAGGCACCCCCUCUAUGGACUCUACCCGCCGGCAGCAGCAUUCUCCCCAGAAUGCUCAUUCUGAUGGGGCAGUUUCGCCUUUCACCCCAGAAUUCCUGGUCCAGCAGCGCUGGGGAGCUAUGGAGGAUUCCUGUUUUGAGCUCCGGAGUCCCUCCUCUUGUGCAGAUUCACAAAGCCAGAUCAUGGAGUACAUUCGUAAGAUAGAGGCUGACCUUGAACACUUAAAGAAGGUGGAGGAAAGUUACACCAUUCUUUGCCAAAGGCUGGCUGGAUCAGCCCUCACAGACAAGCACUCAGAUAAAAGUUAGAGCCGCGUGUCCUGGAGGUGACUGCAGGUUGUUGGAUUUGAGCAUCGGCCUUGUAUCACCACGUCCUGGCUCCAGUGUGGACACAGAGAGAGUGUGUGACAGAGGAUCUGCCUGCGAACACCCUGGGGUAGCCACGCCCCAGGGGCCCAGAGCGGGACUGGUUCUUCCCAGCCUGGCAGCUGCACUAGUCUGUCAGUGAGGGGACAUCCGUUCUCUCACUCUGCUCUCCUCACUAUCGGAAAUUCAUUUUGAUUCAGAACAAAAACCAAAUGUAUAGAGCUUUGGGUGUAGAAUAUGAAAUUUUACUUAGACUUAAGAAAAAGAGAAAAUCAGAUGUAUUUAUUUGACUUCAUUCCGUAUUUGAAAGCACAUUUUAAUUUUUAUUUUGCCAUGUUUUGUUUUAAUUGAGUAGAGAGAGUUUUAGCCCUCUGUAUUUAGUACACCCAAGCGUCGAUUGCUCCCGAAGCAGAGAGUUCAGGAUGGGGUGUUAGGAGGUGGGGUAGAGAGGUGACGAGGAGGAGGGGGUAAGCAGGGGAGGGAGGAGCAUGUGGCCUCCACCAAGCUGUAUCCCACACCCUCUGCUGCCCAGUAGGCUGCUUGCCUGAGGGUCACCUCAAAAGCGUAGUCUGCUGGGACCCCUAAGCGCAGAGGACUUGAGCUCUGUGCUCCCAGGUAGGGCUUCCUCCCACCCGAGGCGAGCACCUCUUCUCUGUAGCUGGGAUCCACUCCCAAUGAACAGGAAUCCUCAAUGUACUAAAGAGCAGGCACUUGAAAAUGGGUGUAUUUUCUCUUAUUGUCUCGUUUUCUGUUGAGGGUUGGGAUUUGGGAGGGAGAGGAAAGCAAAUUUUAUUUUCUUGACUAUAAGUUUGUUAUUCUUGGUAUUGUUUCAUUUUUAUAAUUAUACAUUAGACUUUGGCACUUGUGUAAAAUUAUCCCUGCAGAUUGAGCAGGAAGUAAAAACAAGCAAACGGCGAUGCUUCAGGUGGUGGCAGGGGUGGGGGUCGCUGAAGGAAGGGUGGGGUGGGAGCGGGUGAGAGUCUGGGGAGGUUGUGUAACUGAAUCACUACUGAGUUGAACAAUGGCUUUCAUUAGCCACGGGUACUGCUGAUUAUAAGGCCAGUAACAUUUUAGUACCUGGAGGUUUGACUCUAAUUUUUGCACUGAUGGUGCCAAAGGGCUCUUUGAGUUAAAAAGAGAGCCGAGAGUGGAGCGGAGAAAGCUGUGGUGGAGAAGGCAGAGCUGCUCCGACCAGCUCCAGAAGCACUUCCUCUGACUUCACUGCUGGAGCUUUUUCCACACUGGUGCAUGACUGACCUUAAAAAUUGCAGACCAGAACAUACACUGGAUACUGCAGGCAAGGCAUUGGUAACUGCCUGCUCGAGAAUGAAUAGUAGUACUGGCAGCACCCUCCAGAGGAUAAAUGUUUCAGAACUGUAACUUGAGAACUCCUUCAGUUCUAUUGGCUUUCUGUGGUUUUCUUUGUGCAUCAGGUAUGUAUGUUUGGGAGUAUUUUUGCCAACUAAAACUAAAUCAUUUGUCAAAUAUGGAAAUUCUGUUAGUAUGCAAGGAGUUCGUCCACUGCUCAUAUCUUUCAGUAGUGCCCUCUGAACUCUGUGGGUAGUUAGGAUGUAAUUUUACUCUUCCCUGCCAUCCCCCUACCCUCUGCCCAAAUAUAUAUAUAUAU